GUCCAGUCGGUGGAUUUCAUGCGUACGGACCCAGUCUGCCAGAAGCUACUUCUGGACGCCAUGAACUACCACCUGAUGCCUUUCAGGCAGCACUGCAGACAAAGUCUGGCCAGCAGGGAGUAUCAUCAUCAUCAUCCAUUCAGCAGAGACUUAUAGCUUAUUAUGGAUUCUCAACAAACAUGCAUACAGGAUGUCUUCAUUUCCAAAUAUUAUAUGUAUCUUAUAUGGAGAAAUGGCUGGAAACAUUGGAUUUGGGUCAUAAGGACUGACUUACUGAAAAAGGGAAGUAUGAAAUUGUUCCUAAAAAUUCUUCUUGAAGUUGGAUAAUACUUACACGUUAAUUUGACAUAGUUGUUAAGGUGCUGGCGUAGAAACCAGGAGACUGUGAGUUCUAGUCCCAUCGUAGGUAUGAAAACCAGCUGGAUAACUUUGGGCCAGUCUCAAUCUUUCAGCCCAAUUUUUACCUCACAAGUUGUUGUGGCAAAAAAAAGGAAGAGGAAUAAGUAUUAUGAAUGUUCACUAUCUUGAGUUACUUAAAAAAUAAUAAAGGCAGGAUAAAAAUCUAAUAAAAUAAAAUAAAUAAAUUCCUGAUAUUCUUGGAAGGCAUAUAUUAAUAAAACCAUUUUUGUUUGGCUUUUAGAAUGGCUUUGGACCAAAAUAUCUUUGACUGUUCUGAUGAACAAUAAAAGUUGAGAGAACAGAGAAAAUAUGACUCAUUUUUGCUGAUAUCUUAUAAGCAUUUAAUUUUACUGGCUUAUAACAUAGCCUCUUGAACUACAGUAGGAUAGGAAUCAUAUGUGUCUGGCAUAGUAAAAACAUAUGGGAACUGUUCCAUCUCCUUACCCAUAUUUUUAAUAUUUAAUUGAAGAUCAUAAGUAAUCUGAGGAUAACAUCUAUAUGAAGCUUGCCAAUGUGUUAAGGAUUUUAGCUGCAUUCCUGAUUAAUUUUUUUUCAUCUUUUAAAUUUAGUUGACUGAUUCAACCUGCAGGUCUUUACUGUGAUUUAACUGGGGGUAAUCUUUAUGAGUGCUGACUAUUCUGCUAAUCUAUGUUACAGUUAAUUAUAUUUUCUGAGAGUAGCCUUUUAUAAUCUUUGUCUAAACUAUCAGACAUUCAUUAAAAUAAGUGAGAUUUAAAUCCAUGUUCAAAUACCGGUACAUUCCUAACAAUAUUAAACAUUCACACUUUGGUGUAGGAUAAACUGAAAAAAAAAAGUAUCUGGACAUAUGAAUGUAUGACUACAGUGAAAUUUUAAUCUGGCAGUGUUGAUAAAAUAGACUUAUUUAAUUAAAUGAAAAGUCCAUUCCUAAAUGUGCUUGUUUAGAAAGAAUUCCGUAUGAUUUUGUUAUUUCCAAAUACACUUCUCAAUUGACAGAAAUAGUCUUCCGUGUGCAUAUCUAAAUAGAUUGGAAUCUAUCAGUACAGUGGAUGCUCUUGAAUACAGGUGUGUGACUGGAUAUUUAGUUUUAAUUAAUUCUGAUCCUCUGAUCCUUCAUCUGCAUUGAACAGGUAGUUGACAGUUUUCCACUAGUUUUAGAUGCCUAUGCUUGUGCAUAAUACUGAAACUUGUGCAAUUUUUAUUGGUUCCAACAUGUUCUGUACAUUCUGUUACACAGAAUAUAUAUUAACUUUUAAUCUUCAUCAAAGACAAAUGUUGUAUUGUUCUUCAUUCUCUUAUAACACUCUGAGGCCUGGAAAGGGUUAUUUGGGAAAGAUUGAAAUGUAAAACCUAACACAAAAUUGAAAAAACUUUUCUUAUUGACCAACUUUACCAAAAUGUUUUGAAUUUUAAAGAACAGCUGAAGUUAAUUGUGAUAGAAACUGAACAUGCUUCACAAAGAGGUUGAAAUAAACAUUCUCCAGUACAGGAGAUGGAGAAUCCACCAAUGGGUUUUCUCUGUCUGCCUGCUCUUGAGACAAAGUAGCCAAACUUGACACGCCCCCGUCUUGCUAGGAGAUCCAGUCUUAACUUGGUCUCAGCUCUUGAAAACGUAUCAGGUUUGGCUCUCAACAGAUAGCAGGUUAGAAAUCCAUUGGUGUAUUCUCCUUUUUCCUCUGAUUAAUAUUAAUUGGAAUCUUCCCUUAAUUUGUAAAUUCUAAAUUGGAAUCCUCCCUUAAAAUUUUCCUUAGCACUGGAUCAGUGCUACCUUAAAUCACUGAAUUGGGGAGUGGGAGGUGGGGAAGGCUUCUGCAGCUCUCAGUUCCUUAUUUUCCCCAGGGCUCUGGGGAAAUAUUCUGGCAGACUUGCCUUAGAUUUCCCUCAUUCUCCCCCCGUUUUUGCAAACUGGACAUAAUCUCGUGCUGCAGGCUUGAGAUUCUUAGUUGAAUUCAGGGCCUCCGGAUCAUCUCCGGCAGCUGGGAACACCCGCGGAUGCCAUUUUGGUUGCCGUCGGAGCCAACAAAAUCUAAACAAGCUGUUUUUCUUCCCUGCCAUUCGGAGGCUGCCUUACUGAAUUCACUUUCGGUGCAGCGCUUAGCACUGCCAUAGCAUCUGCUUCCAGCACCGGUAAUCUUCUCCUCGAAGCCUCUGGUGCCGUUCCAAAUGGAGGGCAGGUUGCGGCCGCCAUUUUGGGGCUGCCGCCCAGGAAACAAAGUAGGAAAAAAAGCACUUUCCUUUUCUCACUCGUUUGGGGCCUUUUCCUGAUUCUUGGGAUAGGCCUUUGGUGUUUUAGGGCCAGAGUCCUUCGGUCCCACCACAGCCCGUUAAUUUAACAGCGGCCGCCAUUUUGAAAUGCCACGCGGACAUCCAACUAGGCCACAUUGGAGCCCUGCACCAGCAACUGCCUGCAGGCCUCAUCACCUUAACAGUGUGGGUUUUUUGGCAGAGUAGGCUAAAUUAUUAGAGGCCAGAUCCUCAAACCGCCACAAAUCAUUUAUUGUAAUUUAACACAUUGACCAGCCACCACUUUGAACCUGAUCCUUUCUUGCGAGGCCUUGUCUCAGGCCCUCUGCACCCUUCAUUGGGAGUUUUUGCCUUUUCUGGUGCACCUUGACUGGCCACCUUGACUGGCCUCCGGGCAGAGCCUAGAGCGGGUCCCCAACCAUGCCUUCAGCAUCUGACUCGAGUGCCAUGACCAAAGCCCAGAUAGAAGUUUUUUUCUGGUCAGGUGGUCAGGUAGUCUUGUUACUUGUUCCAAUUUCGCUUCCGCCAACAGCUUGCCUGCCAGAGCUUCGUCUCAGUUUCCCUGAGACUGCUCAACCAGGAUGGAGGACACAACGAUGCCUCAACCCAUGAGCACUGCCUCCCCAUCCUCUAGUUACAGCCAGCACAAAUCCUUUGAACAGGAGGCAGCAGGCAAGCCCAAAUGUAAGGCUAAGACCACUCUCAAGAAGCCUUCCAAGUUGGCGGAAAAGCAAGGCAGCAGUAGGCACCAGGCUCUGGAGAAGGAGUUCUCCAGAAUGCAGAGACAGGCCGGAUUAGAGACGGAUCUAAUGGUGGUUACUGAAUUUGACCUUCCUGUAGGCCCUUCAACCUCAGCCCAAGACGUGUGGCCUCUCACAGGGACGCCUGCCACCCUCAGCUCACCUUCUGUAUUGGCUCAACAGACAACAACUGCCUCAAGCUCAGCCCCAGAAGCCACCUUUACUCCUACAGCUGCAGGACUCAGGGGUCCAGACAUCGGAGACAUCUUCUCCAAUGGACGUCUUGAGGCCUUACUAUCCAAGGUUGUGGACCGCGCCCUAGCAGAAAGGUCCUUUCAUCCGUCUGGACAAGGGGCUUCCAUAUCGACAUGCCACCUUAUGUUCCCUCCACGGGGUUUCCUGUUCUUCAGGAACCCACAUCUCCUGCACACUCCUCCAUGAGCGGUUACUCUUCUCCGCAAGGCAAGGAGCAGCCGGAAUUUAAUUUAUCUGAGGAGGAGGAGCUUCCACCUGAACCCUCCCCAUCAGGAGGCCUGUUCAAUCCAGCCCUUUUUCUUCCCCUGCUUCGCAAAGCCAUCUCAACAGCAAACAUAGGGUCCGACCAGUUCCCCCAGCCGCAGGCAACUUCGGACUCCAGUCCAAAUCCGAUAUUUUUUGAGAUGGUGGCAGCCCAACAUCACAUUCCGUGUCCCUCUAUUUUUCUCAAGGGGAUCAAAAACAAUGGGCCUCUCCUUCCUCUUUCCCUUCCGUAAGCGGGUCUGACAAAAGAUUUUCAACACCUCCAUAGACCUCACUGAUGCACUGGAGGUCCCCAAGGUUGAUGAAGCCUGGACCCCUCUGGUUUCCCAGACUGCGGUCGCUGGGGACAUUUCGGAGGUGCUUAAAGCAGACGACAGAAAGUGGGACCAGACCUUCCAGAAGACCCAUCAAUCAGCAGCAUGGGCAGUCAAAACGGCCACUUGUGUGUCCUUCUUUGUGUGUACCACCCUUUGAUGGCUGUGUCAGCUUCAGGCUAGGGUCCCUGCUGAGGACAUUCGGACCCAUCAGGACCUAAGCAAAAUGGUGGCAGCCACUGAGUAUGCUGCGGACGCAAUGCUUCAGUUGGCCAACUUUGCUUCUAGGUCUCUAGCAUCCAACGUUACAGCCAGGAGGAUGCUUUGGCUGAAACACUGGCAGGCUGACGCCAAAGCCAAAUGGCAUCUCACAAUUGCUCCCUAUCUGGGUAAUAAUCUUUUUGGAGAGGCCCUGGUCCCAUACCUUGUGGAGAACAAGGACAAGUGGAAGGUCAUAGCCCACUUGAACAAACGGGCCGACAAAUAGGCCUGCUCCCUAUUUCUGCAGGCAGUCCUUUCGGCCAGCGGCAGGCCCAGCAGUCACUCAGCCUUCCCACUCAUACACACCCAGACAGGAUAGGCUGUACGACCGUCCGUAUGACAGACCGGGCUUUUGGUCCAGACAGCAGAGUCAAUCUAAGCGGCCAUUUCAAGGGGCAGGACGCCCCUACAGGAGGUCCAAGUGACUUUUACACUGCACUUCCCAUCGGGGGAAGGCUGGUCCACUUCUUCCAUCAGUGGGAACUCACUUCGACGGACACCUGGGUCUUACAAACCAUCCAGUUUGGUCUGUCCCUGGAAUUUCUGGCCAGCCCCCCGGACCGAUUCAUUACCUGUUCCAUUUCCCGGGAUCCACUCCAACAAGGACUCAUGCAGGAGGCCAUUAAACAUCUUCUAGAGAUUCAGGCCAUAGAACCGGUACCGCCAGACCACAAAGGAGGGGGAUUCUAUUCCAUCCUCUUUGUGGUCCCCAAGGCCUCAGGGGUAUGGAGAGCGAUCCUGGACCUCAAGGGUCUAAACUAUUACAUCACUUACAAAAAGUUCAAGAUGCAAUCACUCCGGUCCAUCCUGGGGGGCAUCAGACAAGGAGACUUCCUAGCGUCAAUAGACCUCACGGAAGCAUACCUCCACAUACCCAUCCAUCCAGCUCACCGACGGUUUUUCAGGUUCUGUUACAGAGGCAGGCAUUUCCAGUACAAGGCCCUUCCUUUUGGCCUUUCCUCGGCACCCAGAGUGUUCAAGAUUCUGGACGUACUAGCCACCCAAUUGAGGAAGGUACCAAUACGCAUCCAGUGUUACCGGGAUGACAUCCUGAUCCAAGCGUCAUCCUUCCAGGCAGCUCAGGCGGACCUGAAACUCAUCAUUCAGGUCCUCCAACAACAUGGUUUCUCAGUCAGUUUCCAAAAAAGCCAGAUGGUUCCCUCAUCCAGGCUUCUGCACCUGGGAGCCGUCAUAGACACCACAAACUGCAUGGUCUAUCUCUCCCAGGAGCGAUUGGUCAGCAUCAGGGACCAGGUGUACAGGGACCGUACCAUUCCACUGGUCUUACUCUCCCAACUGUUGGGAAAGAUGGUCUCCUGCAUAGCCAUAGGUCCCUGGACCAGGCUCCACUUGCGGGACCUCCAAUGGUUCCUCCUACCAUUUCAGCAGGUGAAUGCCAGUGCAUCCAACCGUCAGGUCAGGGUCCCAGUUCACAUCCUCAGGUCUCUGCGCUGGUGGUUCUCACAAGCGGUGACCAAGGGAUCAUCCUUCAAGGAACUGGACCGCAUCACCAUUACGACAGACACCAGUCUAUUUGGUUGGGGAGCCCAUCUACAGUCUCAGUUUGUGCAGGGCUGUUGGUCCCGCGCAGACUUGAGACACAACAUCAAUUGGCUGGAGCUCAGGGCCAUCCACUUAGCUCUUCACCAAUUCAGGCACUGGAUCAGGGGAUUUCAUGUUCUGAUCCUUACGGACAACGUGGCGUCCAAGGCACACGUCGAUUGUCAGGGGGGCACCAGGUCCAGGUCCCUUAUGUCCGAGGCACGGCUCCUGGGUUCCUGGGCAGAGUCCAACCUGGCCUCUCUCAGGGCUGAACACAUCUCAGGGGUGGAGAACCACCAGGCAGACUUUUCGAGUCGCUCUACGGUGGACCCCUCAGAGUGGGGGUUGCAUCCAGAUCUGUUUUCCGAGAUCUCCCACAGGUUCGGCCAUCCAAUCCUCAACCUGUUUGCAUCGUCAACCAAUGCCCAACUCCCCAGGUACUAGUCCCGCUAUUUUCUUCCAGGAGUGGAGGGGACAGAUGCCUUGCGGAUCCCGUGCCCCCAAGAUCUCCUCUAUGCCUUCCCUCCCCUCCCACUCAUACUGGCGACCAUCCGCAAACUACUCCAGGAGCAGGCGGAAGUGAUACUCGUGGCCCCGUACUGGCCACAGCGGCCAUGGUUUGCCAACUUGGUGAAUCUUUCCUGGUCUCCUCUGUGGAAGAUUCCUCCACAUCGCAUGUCCUUACACCAGGAGACCCUCCAACACCCGGACCCUCAAUGGUUACAGUUGACCAUCUGACACUUGAGCGCAGCAUCAUGACACAAGAAUUAUUUCCCCCCCAUGCAAUUACCAUGAUUCAGGCCUCUCAUCACCCAGCGACCAAUCACAUUUAUGAUUCUACUUGGAAAAUUUUUUGCCAUUGAUGUAGAAGGCGACAACUGGAUGUCUACAAAUUGACCAUCCCUCAGAUCGUAGAUUAUCUUCUGGACAGUCUGGACAGAGGCCUGGCCCCUGCGACUAUUUGCAGACAGGUGGCAGCCCUGUCAACGUUACUCACUUGUGCGGAUUCAGUUCCCUUGGCUCACCAUCCUAGGAUUCGCGCCUUCAUCAAGGGUGCGUGCAAUACCAGGCCUCCCAUGGUACACAGGUACCCCUCUUGGGAAUUGCCUCGUGUCCUUCGCGCUCUAACAAAACCACCCUUUGAGCCCAUAGCUACUGUUCCGUUGCGGAACCUGUCUCUUAAGGUUGCAUUCUUAAUCGCCAUCACGUCAGCCAGAUGUAUCUCUGAGCUGGCUGCUCUCUUGGUCAGGACUGACUUUUGUAUCUUUCACAGUGAUCGGGUGGUCCUUCAUCUGGACCCCGCCUUUGUGCCCAAGGUCAACUUGCUCUUCCAUAGGGCACAGGAAGUCAUUUUGCCAAAUUUUUGCCCAAAUCCUUCCCAUGACUUGGAGUGGCAGUGGCACACACUGGACGUCCGCAGGGCACUGUGGCGUUACAUGAAGUGCACUGAGCCUUUUUGUAGAUCUGAGGCCCUAUUUAUCUCCUUCCGUCCGGCUUCCCUGGGACAGAAGGUUUCUGCUGGCACUAUUGGCAGGUGGAUCAGGGCCUGUAUUGUGGAGAUGUACCAGUCCUCUUCCAUGCUGGCUCCAAAUCAUCUUACUGCCUAUUCCACUCACAGUGUUGCGACCUCUGCAGCAUGGGCCACUCAGGCGUCCAUCGAGGAGAUUUGCAGGGCUGCGACAUGGUCCUCGGCCUCCCCGUUUGUAUGCCAUUACAGGAUUGACCAUUUUGCUUUGGCGGACGCCUCAUUUGGUCAGAGGGUCCUUCAGCAGGUGGUCUCCGGGGACAUUAUUCCGGCUUUAUCUGUUUCCCACCCAUCGGGACAGUGAGGCUUUGGUAUAUCCCAUUGGUGGAUUCUCCAUCUCCUGUACUGGAAAAGGACGUUGUCUUACCUGAACGCCUUUUCUCAGUACAGAGAUGGAGA